GAAGCGCCAUUUGCAGACGUUUUGUGGACAUCCACGCUUUCGGCAGCAGCUGGUUACGGACAGUGGCAUCGCCCUCCAGGAUGAUACUCAGAUCGUUGGGCCGGCGGAGUUGCAGUUGGUCCUUCUGCCUUUCCGACAGAGCACGAAAGCCUUGGCCAAGGAGUGCUUUCGACACGCGACGAAGAACUCAGUGACUAACAUGGAGCGGCUGUUGAACCAACCGAUCGACCCGGACAUACGGGACACUCGCGAGGGUGAGGCGACUCUUCUCUGCCUCUCCUGCCAUCAUGGCUUUGACGAAAUCACGCGGCUUCUGCUGGAAGCCCGGGCAGAUCCGGACAAAUGCCUACCUGACGGUGCAGGUGCUUUGUUCCUGGCCUGCCGUGGUGCCCACACAGAGGCCGUGCGACUUCUUAUCGAGGCCAAAGCCACGCCGGACCUUCCGGAGCAUGGCCAGGCCAGGCCCGAGCGGGUUCGUUGCCCGAUCGGGUUCGUUUAG